AUUUUUUAUGUAGUAAAAAAUAAACAUGUGUUGAAUAUUUUUUUGCAUUUUGUGACCACAAUUUCCCAGCGAUUUUCUCAAAGUUUUCCAAGUUAUUUGUAAAUACAGUGACAGGAUUUACAAAGCAUAUUGGCUGAAUAUACUUGACAAUAUGAAUUCAAUAAAAUUAUUACUUACAAAAUGUGGAAUUUCCGCGAUUUCGGGAACCUUGCAUCAGCCGGCAAGGAUUGCAAUAUUUGGAAGAUUUUCAUCGACUUUUGCCCCCAAAUCCAGCUUUACCAACAAUCUAAAGCUUCCUGUUGUGAGAGCAAAUGGAAUCUUGGGGAAGAAUUCAAUUGGCAGCAUUGCAACACUUCAGAUGAAGAAGCGCCCAAUGAGGAAGAAGCGUCCGGAAGAAGCAGAGGUCACAGAAGAUGGGAAUUUCACGGUGACAGCAUAUGCUACAGCUGAAGAAUACGACCUGGAGAAACUUCUUAGUGGACUUGUGCAGCAGGAACUGUACGAACCGAAAAAAUUCAUCUGUACGGAUGACAAUGGAGUUGAACCGGAUGUCCUCUAUGUAUCUGCAAAGUAUCAAGUAGAUAAGGAACCACGGGAUAUCUUUUUCUUCAGGGAGGGAACGGUAAUUUUGUGGAAUAUCGGGGAACUGGAGAGCAGCAAUGUCCUGUCAUUCCUGCGACAGUACGAGCAUGAUAGCUAUGAUGAGAAUACUGUGGCAGGAGAGAGUGAGCAGAUGGUGUACAAUUAUGUGGCCUCGGAUCAGAUGUCGGCUCACCUGAAACGAGGACUCUUUCUACUGACUCGCGAUGAGGAGGGCUACCUCGAGAAGUACACCUUUUCAAAUGCUAUGUCCCUUUCCGUAAAAUUGGGCAUCUGGGAAGCUUCCCUGGAUAAGUACAUUGAUUCAAUUGCCUUUGUGACAGAGGACCUCAAACGAGGAACAAAGAUCAAAAUGUCCCGGGCAGAGGUACUUCGAAAAACGGGUGAAUUAUUUGCCUUGAGACAUCUCAUUAACUUGAGUUCUGACCUCCUGGACACGCCUGAUUUCUACUGGGAUCGUGAGCAUCUUGAAAAUCUCUAUGCUCAGAUUUGUGGAUACUUCAGUAUUUCCAGGAGGACAAAGGUAAUGAAUGAGAAGCUGAAUCAUUGCGUUGAGCUGGCGGAAUUGAUUUCCUCAAAUCUCAAUGAUGCCCAUCAUGUGCGCCUCGAAUGGAUGAUCAUCAUCUUGAUUAUGGUGGAGGUGUUGUUUGAGAUCAUCCACUAUGCUGAACGUUACGUGGAUUCUGGCCAGGAAGCUGAAUUUGUUGCAGAAGAACGUACAAAAUAAAAAAUAAAAAUAUUCGUUAUUUUUGAA